AUGGACCGCAACGAUAUUCAAGACAUCCAACAUGGCAACCAUCUUUCAGCCAAUGCGAUUAAUAUCAUCAUUCGCAUGCAAGGCCCAGGACUUCAUCCUGCGACUAGAACCCUGAUGUCAGCUGGGUGGUUGAAUCACAUCGAAGACGUGAAAGCUGCAUCCACAGAAGAAGCCGCACGGUUGGUAUCAUGUUCCGAUCUUUCGAAGAAAGUGCACCACAACGAUUCCUGGAUUAUACCGUACCUGGUCAAGCAUCGUCGUGGAGCUCUAGGAAGCGCUCCUCAAGGACAUUGGAUCUAUAUUCUUCUUAGCUUUGAAGGCUACAUGUGGACUAUCGGGGACCCAGGCGAAAAGAUCCAGACCGGAAGCCCAGAGUUCAAAAGAAUUACCUCUCUAGUUAGUUUUUGCAAUCAGACACUAAACGCCGGAGGACCGUGGGAGUACCGAAAGACUCCAUCAAGACCUCUUAUAAGAGAUGAAGACUGUGGGAUCCAUCUCAUUGAAAAUGUUUUGGCGCUCAUACGUGGAGACAACUUACGUGAAAUUGACUGCAAGAGUCUACGAGGUUUCUACCUCGAUCGUCUCUCUAGGAACAAACUUCUUCCUGGCCAGAUUCCUGAUCCGAUAGAUGAGUAUGAGAUUAGAUGGGAGUCUUUUGUUCCACCGAAAGCGGUACAGCUGGGCCGCUUCUGUGACUUGACGGAUCCGAAACAACAAGCUCUUUACCAGGAAGAAAUCAAUCGUCAGGCACGUAUUGAUCUAUCUUUGGAGCUUCCUGAAAUCGAGGGGACGACUUCGCAAGAGUUGAAGAACCACGGAAUCUUUGCGCCUCAUACCACGGACUUGCAUGACCCUUUCGCGAGGGAAGUCAUGCGAGAAAAGGUCAAGACUGUGGUCGCAGAAGAGAAGGUAGCAAUUGAAGGUCGCCGCAAAUCUAUCGCAGGAGGACUCGCGAUGGUUAGACUUGAUGAUGAGGAUGCAAAUGACGUUUCUAUUCCACGAGUGAAGUCUCCUAGGCCAAACUCGUGGUCGCCUGCUUCAAAUACGCCCCUGGUGAUCCACAGACAGACCGUGAUUAACAACAUCACGAAUAACUACUACAACACACCUCCCCCAGUACAAACUGCUGGAUCUAGCAAUCAGCCUCCCCAAGAUGGGGAGCUGUGA